AGUAAUAUCACAGGAUUAUCCACCCGUCCGCAAAAAAAAAACCGCGCACGCGGUGUCUAGUCGUCGUCGUCGUAGAACUUUCGCGAAUUUGCACCGUUCCCGGCGGGGCUUUUCCUCUUCCCACUACCCCGCCGGACGCGCCGCGUAGAAUGUUCCAGAAGGUUCGUCGCCGCCGCGCCCACGGUACGCGAGCAGCUGCUGCUCUCGGGAAAAAUCUCGUCCUCGUUGUUGCCCGUCGUAAAUUUUUUUCGCUUUCCUCGGCACGAUUUAUCGCCGCGAUAACAAUAAUAUACUUGCAGCCGGUAUCGAUAAAUCGUGGCGUAAAAUUCGUGUUCGUUAAUAAUAAUAUUUAACAUUAUCUACGCGUGUUUUACUCUCCGGUUGUCGUGUGUGACAUAUUGUUUCGUUUUAUAAACGGACCGAGAACAGCCGAUAAUUUUUUCACUCGUGUUUUUUUACUAUCGGUUACCGGAAAUUCGAUUACGGCGAUAAUAUAAUAAUAUUACAGACCAUAUGCGAAGGUCGCGCAACGGACGUCUAAACGUGUCGACAGCCGACUUAAACCACGUGCGACCCGCUGCCAUGUUGUCCACGUGUGACGACCGCAAUCGUGGGGCUACCACCAACACUGCCGUAACCACAGGCGGCCGUGCACAACAAACCGAUCUCAGCCGCCUGGCCGUCCUGAGCUACGAACAGGUGGCCCGACUGAACGACGUGAUGGACGAGACAGUCAGCAUCCACGGCCGUGGAAAUUUCCCCACGCUUGAGGUGCGCCUUCGCGACCUAGUAGCGAUGGUGCGCGACCGGCUACGUGCCCAAGCCGCACCAGAAGACGACGAUGUUGCGUUCCCGGCCGAAAGGUCCACGCCUCCAUCACCGGAUGCCGACGACACAUGUUUCCAGGUGCGAAGCAUCAGACUUAACGGUGGGGCAGCCUCGCACGUGCUGACCACGGACACUCAGCCGUAUAAUGACCUGGACUUGAUAUUCAACAUCAGCCUGUCAGGGAACCGGGACUUCGACCGCGUCAAGUCGGCCGUGCUCCGAGCCCUGGUCGACUUGCUACCGGAGGGUGUCAGCCGCAAGCGGAUGACGCCGUGCAGCAUCAAGGAGGCAUACGUGAGCAAAAUGGUCAAGGUGAACAAGGACGGCGACCGGUGGUCGCUGAUAUCGCUAGGCACGUUACCGGGUCAGCGAAACGUCGAGCUCAAGUUUGUCGAUCGGAUGAAGAGGCCGUUCGAGUUCAGCGUAGAUUCGUUCCAGAUCGUGCUCGACUCGCUGCUGCUGUUCUACGAGUGUUCCAGCGGCGUACCAAUCAGCGAAAGCUUUUACCCGACCGUGGUCGGUGAGUCCGUGUACGGUGACUUCCGGGAUGCUAUGUACCACCUGGAGAACAAGCUGAUCGUCACCAGGAACCCGGAGGAGAUCCGGGGCGGCGGGCUUCUCAAGUACUGCAACCUGUUGUUGCGCAACUACGCACCAGACUACGAUGGUGACGGCACUAAGAAGCUGGAACGGUACAUGUGCUCCAGGUUCUUCAUCGACUUCUCCGACAUACACCAGCAGCGUGCUAAGCUGGAGAACUAUUUGAAAAAUCACUUUUGCGCGCCCCAAGAGGAAUACAUGAAACUUCAGUACCUCAACGUGCUGAAACAGGUGGUCGAGGAGAGCACCGUGUGCCUGAUGAUACACGAGAGGCAUCAGACGCUGUCGCUGAUCGCCGAAUUGUCGUGGCGGCUGAUGGCCGGUCAAGGCAUGUACUACUAUUACCAUCCACAGCCGCAGCUGACCAUGUCCAUCGGGCACCACAGUCAAUUGCCGGCACAACUACAUUGCCCUUCAUAAGUGUGUUUGAAUUUUGAUUUUUUUUUAAAUAUUAUUAUUAUUUUUUUUUUUUAGAAAAAUGAUACGUUUAACAAUUUAACAACAAAAUGUUCAUAUUAUGUUAUUAUAUAUAUACAUGAUCUCUAAAAAAAAAGUCUCUCGCACUCUGCCUCGCCCCCUUUAUCCCAACAAUUUUUUUUUGACACCCGCGUAACGGCGCCGACCCAGUGAACAAAUUUUCACGUUUGUAUAUUUUCCGUACGACUGAAUGAUUUAUCUUUAAAUGUCUGUUAAUUUAUUUAAAUUGUUGUUAAUAUAUAUAUAUAUAUGAUUGUACAUUCACGUUUUCCGUUUAUAAAAAUGUAUUAGGCUUUAUGAGGUUGAACAAAAAAAAAUUUAUAUUUACUUUCGUUGCGUACUUAAUUGGCUACAAUUUUUUUUUUCGUUUUGGCAGCCAUCGUUGACUAUUGCAUAUUAUUAUCUAUAUUAUAUGAACCAAAAGAGGGAAUACAUUCUGCAGUAUACAGAGCAGAACGGUCAACAAUUGAAACACCAAAUCUAUUACUAUGUUCUUACUUUUUUCUCAUCCAAUAUUUAAUUUAAAAACAAAAUAAUAUUAAUAUAUAUUUAUACAUAUGAUUCGGAAGCCCACUAGGCUGUUAAUAUUGCAUUCAUUUUAUAGCAGACCGUCUUGUAAUGUUGGAGAUACAAUCGAUCCGAAAAUCUGUCGUAAAUAUAUAUAUAAUAUAAUAUAUAGUAUUUAUAUGCUAAGAAAAAAUGUUUUUGGCCCGAGUUUGAGAGACUUAUUCUUAUUAUUUUCUUUUUAAUAUAUUUGUAUAUAUAAUAAAUACACACACACGCGCAUUCACUGUGCGUAAUACGAUGUACAAUAACAAAAUUUAAACAGUUGUUUUACUCGAAAUUAAAAAUAUUAUAAUAUAUUAUAUCGCGCGUCCGUGAUAAUAUCUCGACCUGUGAGAUGUGCGUAUUGCGGGGAGAAAAUGUAAAAAAAAUAAAAAUAAAAAAACUUAUGAUAAGAACCGGUUACCGCGCCGAAAUUUUUAAAUCGUUUAAUGAUAUAUCAUUCUUAUAUAAUAUUAUUAAUUGUCCCUCUUACAAAUAUUGUGAAUAAAAGUUAAACUUUUUUAUUAAUUUAACCCCUCCCCACCAAUAAAAAAAAAAAAAAAAAAUUAAAAUAAAAACCAAAAAAAAUUUUUAAUUAAAUUAUACAUCUUAUUUUUAACAUUGCAUUGUUUGUAAUAAACAUUCCGAUUUUUAAAACGUGUAUAUAAUUAUAAAUAUUAUAAUAUUACGUCGAGGAAACACAUGUACGAAAGAAGAUGAACAUCGUGACGCGCGCGCGCACCAUCUCUCGCUAUAGUGUCUGUUAACCAUACGAUUAUUAAAAAUAAUAACUUCAACGUUUUUUCGUUUAAGGCGCGUACACUACUUGAUAAAUACGGAUUAUAA